AUGAGUGCAACAGCUUUGCUGAUUCUGUCUGAGGGAGCUGAAGAGAUAGAGGCGGUGACUGUUGCUGAUGUACUGGCUAGAGCAGGAGUAAACGUUACUGUCGGUGGACUCCAGGGCGAUGGAGUGGUUAAGGGAAGCAAUGGUGUUUGCAUAAAGCCAAAUGUUUCACUUUCCAGCGUUUCAUCACAACUUUUUGAUUUGGUAGUAAUGCCAGGUGGUAUGGGUGGUUCCAAUGCUAUGGCGUCAUCGAAAUUAGUUGGUCAAAUACUUAAAGAGCAUGAAAAACACGGCAAAUACAUUGCAGCAAUUUGUGCUGCACCGAUCGCCCUGGAAUCUCACAAAAUCGCCAUAGGAAAAAAGCUGACAUCUUAUCCGGGCUUCGAGGAUAAACUUCCGAGUUAUACAUAUUGUGAAGACAAAGUUGUUGUUGAUGAUAAACUUGUUACAAGUCGAGGUCCAGGAACUGCGCUGGCUUUUGCAAUGAAGCUAGUUGAAUUACUAUGUGGCAAGUCGAAAGCCCAAACGCUAACAAAAGGCAUGCUUGUUUCACUUUAAAGCAUUUAAACUCUCCGGUUCUUCUGCUUUUGUUCCGUCAUAUUAGAUUUGAUAAACUCCAUGCCCAUCCAAAAUACUUUCAUACAUUCUUUCAAAUAAAUUUCAAUAACUAC